AUGAAGUUGCCGUAUGAAACUUUGUUCCUGUUUCUGUGCACUUUCGGGUACGUGAACGCGCAAUGUUUGGAUCUCCCAGGAACUGUCUACAUAUCGGACACCGACGUUGAAACAAGCGUCAUUUCUAAAACGACGACGGCAGUGGAGGUCACCGGUCUGGAUGUCAUCGUCACUAACGAAGCCUGUGAUAUCGGUAAAGCUGCGAAGUACUUCAGUUACAGCAUUAACGAAAAAACGUUUGAUUUGUACACGACAAAAGAAUUUGCUAACGUCGACGAGGAUGCCUACACGAAUGGAAAAAAUUUAACCAUAACUUUAAUAUUCACCUUAAAAUGCGAAGACGGAACGACAACGGCAGCUCCGAUGGUGGUGUCGAUUGGUGAUACGAACAAUCACGAUCCUAGUUUCCUAAAUGAUCGAUAUGAAUUCAAUGUGGCCGUACCUGUAAUGCCCAAAACCGAUUUUUCGGUUUACGGUGAGCCGAUUGAGGCGGAGGAUAUCGAUUUUUCCAACGAAAUGGUGUCCUUCAGCGUCGAACCGAAUGAUUUUACAGUGAAAUCGAUUCAGACCGGAAACAAAACCUUCAAGGCGGUUUUCAGCUCCAAAAGAUUGAUACAAUUUACCGAUGACGUCGUCUAUACGAUCACUGCCACGGAUUCCGGCGUCAACCCAGGCCCCAGAUCGGUCAAAACUAUUGUAACAUUGAGCGUGGACAAAGAAAACAGCCUGGACAAUCCUUCUUUUUCAAAAGCGAAAUACACCAUCGCGUAUUCGGAGGUUUCCGGUUCUCCAAUUUUGACCCCCGAGGAAGUUAUUACCGCUUCAACCAUCAAAAUAGGCGACAUAACUAAAGUCAACCUAGACGGCGACUAUGCAAGUUAUUUUAAGGCUCAGAAUGAAGGCAAUAUUUUUACCAUUACCUGUGAAGGCUGGCCCGACGAAUCUGAAAACAUGGUCAUUUUGACGCUUAGCUUCGAGACUGAUUUCGUUGCUAGUGCCACUUUACUGAUAACGAGAGAUAACGUGGACAUGGAUACACCAACUUUCGAAAAUAGUUAUUACACGUUCAGCUACACACUUGAAGGAGAUAGCCCGACACUUGUGCCUACAAGUGGAGAUGUUACCGUCCAAACGAAAAAGCCUGGCAGCAUUACUAACUUAACUUUAAAUGGAGACUACGCCGAAUAUUUUAAGUGUUCUCUUGAAAGCGACUCCAAAAUAACUAUCGACGCAACCACUACUCAGUUGCCCUCAGAUACCGAAACCCCCGUAGUUUUAACGUUGAGCUUGGAAACGGAUGCUAUAGCUUCCACGAUUCUAGUUGUAAACGUCGAAGACCAACCUACGGAUCAACCGACUUUCACGGAAUUAUAUUACGAGUAUAACUACAAGCAAAAUAGCGAUGUUCCUUCGCUGGAAGCUACCAACGGACCUCUCUCAGUGGUUACCGACAAGCCGGAGCAGAUAACUGAGGUCGCGUUGAAAGGAGAAUACCAGGAAUAUUUUUUUUUGACACGAGAAUCGGAUCAAAAGACCAUUACGAUAUCCGCCACAGAAGACAAAACGUUGCCGACUAAUGCUCCAAAUCCAAUCAUCCUAACCCUUAGCCUUAAAACUGACAACCUAGCAAGUGUUCCGAUAGUUAUUUCUACAGAAAACGCAAAUGUAGAAGAAGAUGUGCCAGUUUUUUCAAAAUUGUUCUACAUGUUUGAAUAUUCAGAGUCUAAAGGAUUACCAAUACUGAUACCUCCUAAUGAUCUGAUCUCUGUGUCGACCGAAAAAUCAAACGAUAUAUCAGAAAUUAACUUAGACGGAGAUUAUAAGGAAUAUUUUGAAUGCCAUCAAGAAGAGGAUAAUGUUACACUCACGGUUACUUUGAAGGAUAAACCAUUGCCUUUCGAUGUUGUGGGUCCCAUUGCAUUAACGCUGAGUCUCAAAACAGAUAAAACUGCCAGCGCGGCAAUCAUAAUCUCCGUGGAACAUGAAGCAACAGCGGAUGAAGACGUGCCGGUAUUCUUAGAAUCGUAUUAUGUAUUAACAUAUACAGAAAAAGAUGAUAUUCCAAAUCUAACCCCACCAGCAACAACGAUAUCCGUAGUUACUAAAAAGCCUCAAGAUAUCGAAGACAUUACGUUGACUGGCGAUUAUAAUGAAUAUUUCCAAUGCAUGCAAGAGUCAGAUAAUAUUACAUUCACAAUUGCUCUGAAAGACAAACCAUUGCCGUCCGAUGUUGUCACCGCAGUGGUCUUAACAUUGAGCCUAAGAACUGAUCACGUUGCCAAUACCACCAUAAUUGUGUCAGUGGAAACUAAGACUGAAGAAGAUGUGCCUGUUUUUUCAAAAGCGUCCUACAUGUUCACGUAUUCGGAAUCUGGAGGAUUACCAAUACUGACUCCUCCUACUGAUGUCAUCUUUGUUGUCACUGAAAAACCCAACGAAAUAUCGGACAUCAGCUUAGAAGGAGAUUACGCGAAGUAUUUCGAGUGGCAUCAGGGGGACGAUAAUAUAACAUUUACAAUCACGUUGAAGGACGAACCUCUUCCAGAGACCACAGCCAGUCCAGUCGUGCUAACAUUAAGCCUUAAAACUGACAACGUCGCCCGCGUUGUGAUACUCGUCUCCAUAGAAAACGCAACCGCACUAGACAUUGAUGUUCCCGUGUUCUCCAAAGCGUUUUAUACUCUUACUUAUUCCCUAUCAACAGAAGUCAUAACAUCCAGCGAUACGAUUUCCUUGGUGACAGAAAAACCAAGCGACAUAUCAGAAAUUCGUUUAGAAGGAGAGUAUGAAGAUUACUUUAUCGUUACCCACGCGGAAGAUGCGAAAACGUUCGAAAUUUCAGUGAAAGAUGAAAAACAGCUACCGUCGAAUGCACCAAGCCCAGUACUCUUAACACUAAGUGUCCAGACAGACCGUGCAGCCAGUGUCGCCAUAGUCAUAGCAAUAGAUGGAUCGACUGAAGUGGUAGUGGACGUGCCCGUGUUCACGCGAAGCUUUUACUCUUUUAAUUACUCCGAGAAGUCAUUGGCACCCCACGAUGGACCGAUCUACGUGGUGACCAAAAAACCAGAUAGCGUUACCGACGUUCAAAUCGAUGGAGACUACGCGAAAUACUUUUCCUACAAGCAAGGCGAAAACGAAACAAGCUUCAUCCUCACGCUAGAAGUUGAUCUACCGUCCGAUGUGGAAAGUCCGAUUACGCUAACGUUCAGUGUGACAACGGACACAACCGCUAGAGUAAUCCUUAUCGUUUUUGUUGGUAACGACUCGCCCGAGAUAGAUAUAGAUAUUCCAACGUUUUCCCGGUCAUACUACUCCUUCACCUACACUGAAAAUGAUGGAAAAGCUCUGCUUGCCUCUAACGACGGUGAUGUCACGGUAACGACGCAAAAACCUGAUAGUGUUAGCGAUGUGAAGCUGUUGGGAGAUUACCGGGAAUAUUUCGCAAUAAAAGUGGAUAAGACGACAAUAACAUUAACUGUCUCGCGAACUCUGCCAAAUAACACACCCACGCCCGUGAUUUUGAUGCUGACCUUGAAGACUGAUGUCGAGACGAGCGUGAACUUCAUCGUGAACAUCAAGAAUGAAGAUUCAACCCCACAGUUUAGCAGCCCUUACUUCAUCGGAACUUACAACUCAACCACCAAGCAGAUCGACAUGGAUGACAAAAUCGAAAUAACAGGGAAUCCAACACUGAAAAUAUCCGAGGACUCUGGCUGUUCGUCGUACUUCGAUUUGGUAAAAGACGGCAGUGGAUAUCGUUUAGCUGUCACCAAAGCUUUACCAUCGGACGUACUAGAACAAUCUAGUUUAGUUCUAGUUGUGGUCGCCCGGUUAAAUGGAAAGGACGUCGCAUUCGCGACAGUGGUCAUUAAUCUGCCUGUUGAAUCGAUGCUGCCCCCUAGUGAAUCCGACGACAAAUCCUCAACCAUUACGGCUUAUAUGAUAACCGUUAUAGUUCUGUGCAUUGUGCUGACCAGUAUAAUAGUGGCGAUGAUUUUGCUGUGGUAUUUCAAAAUUAGGAAUACGAGUUACGUGGAGCUCGAGGAAACUUCAAGCGGCAACACAAAUUUCGGCAAAAAAAACUCAAACGUAAACAUUGACGACGUGAUAAGAAGACCGACUGGAUAUCCGUUCGGACCACACGGGGAUGCGACGUACACCGUGUCCGGAGAGGAAACGGCCAACGAGUAUGACAUUCCGAAUGACCCUGAACUCAACAAAGGGAAAAGGGUGGCCUUCGACAACGUGGUUCAAAGUAUAGAUGUGGACGUCGAUAGAGAACUUUCUGAAGGCGGUAACAAUCUCCCGCGUAGGCGUCCGACGGGUUUUGUUUUUAACCCCCCUCCACCGGAAGAGGACACUGUUAGCGUAGACAAUCCAAUCUACAAGAGCGAGUAUGAGAUUCCAAUAGAUGCUGGGCAAAACAACAUCCUUUAUGCUGAGGCCGACAGUGACAGGUUAAGCAAAAUAGACGCCAGUUCAAACGGGCUGACGUUCGGAUAUCCGAUGGAAGAGGGUCUCUACGAAACAUCGGAUUCGCUAGGCAUAGACAAGGAGAGAAAAAAAUCGGUCGCGUUCGACGACAGAAUCGAAAGAAUGCAGAUAGAUGCGGUGAAGGAUGACGAGGAUGAAAUAAGCGACAGCGAAAACUUAGACAGGGCCAUCUAAACAGAUUUAAACGUUGUAAAUUAAGUAUUGUUAAUAAACGUUAUUUUUCUACGUCUCCGAUUUUAUCAUAGUUUGGUGAGUACGUGCGUUUUUUAAUUGUAAAACUCGCAGAAUUAGAUCACUUCGAUAUUUAGUUUAGUAUAUCUGUUCGUGAUUAUCUCGGGAAACUUCAAGUGGCUACUGACAUAUUUGCGGUGUGACAUGAAUUGUUUGUAUUUAAA